AUGCGCUCACUUUUCCUCGUGUUGCUGCUUGUGGCCUUCGCGAUCGCCAGCAGCGCUGCUCUGAGUUCAGGUGAAGAGAGAUUGACGAAGGUAACCGCGUCUGACUUUGACGGACUCGCCGAUGGGGACAGCCUGGCCAGGAAGAGACGGCUUCGAGUUGACAGCACGGGCAUUGCGGAGGAGGAGGAGGAGAGGGCGUUCACCUUGAUCAUCAAGCUAACGAACCGGUUCACCAAGGACCCCGCGAAGCUGGAGAAGAUCGCGAAAAACAAAAAGUACCGCCAGUGGCUCAAGGAGGAUGAAAACCCGAUUACCAUCUUGACUACGCUGGGACUAAAAACUGAAAGACGACCCGCGCUUCCAUGA